ACUCACCGCACUCCAAGCUGUUAGGGGGUACCACAUUGUUCUGCUCGGUGGCUCAUGUGUCUCAUGUGUACUACGGACUGAAAAAGUUUUCAUGGAAUGAUGGAUUUGCAUUACAACGUAGCAGGGCAACUGAACAUGGAAUUCAAGCGCACCAACUGCUAACGUACUAUAUUCAAAGGGAAAUUGAAUGAAAAUACAUUUUAAGUGCUCGAAUGCGCAACAUGGGCGACAAUCAAAAUACGACAUCAAGUUUAAAUGUUGAAAAAACCGCCCUGGCCAUCCCCGUGCUAAUGUUCAUGGUUGGAGUCGUCGGGAAUGUCACCGCCAUAGCAGCGCUUUCCAAAACUAAGAAAGAGCGCAAGGAGUCUGCCUUCUAUACCCUGGUGUGCGGCUUGGCUGUUACUGACCUGCUAGGAACUUGUCUUGCCAGUCCAAUAACCAUAGCGACAUAUCUCGAACAUUCGUGGCCAGGAACUCUGUGUGAAUUCCAUUCCUUUCUUCUUCUCUUCUUUGGAGUGGCAGGUUUGAGCAUCAUCUGCACCAUGUCUGCUGAGCGCUACCUCGCUAUAAGCCAUCCGUACACAUACAAAAGAUGGACAGUUGACCAACAUAUGGCACGAUGGUGCUUAUUUGCCAUUUACGUGGGGAAUGUUCUGUUGUGUUGUCUCCCUCUUUUGGGGUUCAGUAAGAGUAUACAUCAACCACCCAACACUUGGUGUUUCAUUGACUGGAGGUCCCGGAUUUCACUACAUGUCUUCUACUCGUUCUUGUACGCUGGUAUUAGUUCUCUCCUUAUUUUACUGACAAUAGCCUGCAAUGUCGCCCUGUGCUGGACACUGCUGAUCAUGCGCCAGAGGGCUAAGAGACUUGCCCCAAGAUCGAGUAUCAAGAAGCGCUGGAGGGAGCGCUCAUCCGGCGUGGAAAUACAAAUGAUGCUGCUACUCAUCGUCACUUCUUUGGUGGUUUUAGUUUGUUCAACGCCUCUUGUGGUUCGUAUAUUUGUCAAUCAGAGAUGGCUGGUCAACGACUGGGGCGCAGAUCUUCAGGCAAUUCGUUUUGCAUCCGUCAACCCCAUUCUUGACCCAUGGGUGUACAUUCUCCUGAGACGUACAGUCGUCCAUAAGCUCCUGAGCAUCUCAAGGCGGGUUUUGCGGGGCCGGACAAACUCUGUGGAUAGGGCACACCCGACUGUACAAUAUCUGCUGGAGAAAAACUGCGCUAUUCCAAUAGUUCUUUCCACUGAAGUGUUGGGUCGUGUUUACUUGGAUGACAAAUCUUCCACGGCUGGUGCAACUUCUCACGUGGAGGAAAAGGAACAGGCUCAGUAAUUCAUUCCAUUGUAGGCCUGUGGCAUAGAUAUCAACCUUGAAAGAUUAUUGCCCGCAAAUAUAUUAAAAUGGUAUGUGCUUUCGUGAAUAUAAUUCAUAAAAUAAUAUAAACAAUAAAAUAUUUUCCAGAAAGAAACAAAUUGUGUACAUGUAUUUUUGUCGGAUCACAUUGUCAGAUU